GCCCACAUACCUUCCUACCUAGCUAGCCCAGAACACAGGAGCAGAGCUGCAGACCAGAACCCAGGACUCUAGAGUCAUUCUCCUGUCUACUUCAGUGACUCUUCACCAGGAACAGGAACCUCUUCAACAUGUCUGUUCCCCUCCGCCUCCUCUGUCUUCUCAGCCUGGCUGUUGGUGCUCUACACUGCACUCCCGUGUCUGACCAGGAGGGGGAGCUUUCAGAGCCUCAUUAUACCGACUGUCCCCAGGACUGGUCAAGCUACAACAACCGGUGCUUCAGGUACGUCGCCUCUCAGCUGGACUGGGCCGAUGCAGAGUCCUACUGCGUGUCCCUGGGAGCCAAUCUGGCCUCUGUGAACAAUAAAGGGGAUUUCAGCUUCGUGAAAGACCUGAUCAAGAGCUUCGACCCAGCUGAAAGCUAUACCUGGAUCGGGCUGAGUGACCUCCACAAGGAAGGGAGAUGGAUGUGGACGGACGGCUCCAAGGUGGUCUACACGAGCUGGUCUUCAGAUGAGCCCAAUAAUGGAGUUGGUCUCCAUCCGGAGAACUGUGUUCACACUAACUCCAAGAAUGACAAGCUGUGGAACGACACAUUCUGCUCCAACAAGUUUGCCUUUGUCUGCGCCACGCGUCCCGGCCUCUGAACCUCUGAGUCUUGAGUUCAAAAGAUGCUUUGGUUUCCAUAAAUAAAGAAAUAAACCUUUCACUGAAAUCUC